GCAGUAGUCAGCUCACUUCACCAAAGAUAUCCUGCAGGAUAACUCACAAGAACGAGGAGAAACUUAACAACAGCAAACUCAAGCCGCUCGGAUUAUUCUCGCACACACCACUAUCAUCUUGGAUUGCAGAGAAAUAAACACCGUACGUGUUUUCAUCUUUUUUACCGGACGCAUUUGGUCAACAUGCCAGUGCAAAGGAUGAGGAUGAGGCCAUGGCUGGAGAAGAUGAUCGAGUCCAACUCCAUCCCUGGACUGGCCUGGGUGGACAAGCCUGUCUGCGGGGCAUUUCAGGACAAGACAAUGUUUUCCAUUCCUUGGAAGCAUGCAGCUCGACACGGUUGGGAAUUAGACAAAGAUGCCUGUCUGUUCCAAAAAUGGGCCAUUCACACAGGCAAAUAUGUGCACGGCCAGCCCAUGGAUCCCAAAACAUGGAAAGCCAACUUCCGCUGUGCGAUGAACUCCCUGCCUGAUAUUGAGGAGGUGAAAGACAGGAGCAUCAAUAAAGGCCACCAAGCCAUGCGCGUCUUCAGAAUGCUGCCUGCUACUCCCAAAUGCAGAGACAAACGAAGCAAAGCGAGGGACACAAAGUCAAAAAAGAAGCAGAGACAGAAUGUCAAUAUGGAGGAAGACACAGACUACAGUGACACUCAGUCGCCACUGAACACAUCCUUGUUUGAAGAAAACAUCUCCACUCAGGAAAACAGAGUCGACAGCAUGGUACAGAUGGACCAGGAAGAUUUCUCCUUCACGGCUCCGUCAGAGGUCCCUGAUUGGUCGAAUUCAGUCGAAAUCUCGUUGGACGACCUACCAAGCAGCUUUCCUCACAGAUUUGAGGUUUCCCCUGAACACAGUCCUGAUUACGACUAUCCUCAGGACAUCAUUGAGAUUUGCCAGCAAUUGGAGAAAGACUCACUGGGGAUGUACAAUGCAGGCAACAUGGGAUUCCUGAGCAAUGAAGCAUGCACGAGUCCAGGAAGCCAGUGGAGUGAGUCAUCCUCAGGAGAAGAAGUAGAUGACACACCCCAGUACACAACUCUGGGCACAGACUUCACAUCACCCACAGAUGUCUUCUGGAACAGCUUUUGCCAAUAGAUUCAGAUUGAACUAACAGGACAGUGCUUUGACACUUUGGACUAUUAUGAAGCUCUGCUUGUCCACCCCACCUCCUAAUCUGGGACCAAACCCCUUAAGUCAAGUCACAGUCUCUUUGGUCUCGACUCAUUAAGCUAACUCCUUUUUCGUGGUUCCGUACGGAGCCACUCCCGUCUCUCGGCCACUAUGUGAAGUUCUGAAGAACACUGUUUGUCGUCUUUGUUUUUGACUGGUUCAAAACAACGUUCAUGUAAAUUUUCUGUGUUGUAAAAUUGUACAGCUUGUGGAGUUCUGACAGGGCAUUGUAUUAUUAACUGUAACCAGUAAUAAAGGUGAGGUUCGCCUACCUCGAGUGCACUUAGGCUGGCACUGAUCGCAAAUGCCAGCUGCUCUAAGCAUUUGUGAAGGAGUUGGUGUCAAAUCAAAACAUCGCAUUUUUCCAAUGUCUUCAUGAAUCCGUCAAAAUACGGUGAACGCACUUCUUGAUGUUUGCCCAAAACCCAUCUCCAAGGUGUUUCUGUAUAUAGUUGUGUUUGUAGUUUUUUGUAAUAAAAGGUAAAAAUGAAGUC